CGAAACAAACAACGAUUUUAUAGUUGUACAUUUAGAUCUACUUUCAGUUGUAUUUUCCCCAACUUCCAUUUUAUUUUUGCUGAUUUGUUUGUAGGAUUACAACUUACUGGAGAUUAAUAUGACGAAAUUAUAAUUUUUGUUGACUAUCAACACGACCUUUCACCUUUGUGGAGGGAAAAAACGAGUACACUCGUACAGAUCUAGGUUAGAAUAAAGAUCUAACUAGAUUUAGAUCUAGAUCUAGUCUAGAUGUCGAGAGCUAGCCUGCGUCUUCCGAGAAGUAGAAUCUUAGUGAAUCUAGAUUUUAGAUCAGAAAAGUUCGCUGUCUCGUUAUGGUUUAUUGCAUUUCUCUGUAGACUAUAUGGAGAACUUUUCGUUUUCCCUAAAGUUACAUCCGGAUAGAUUUUAGCUGUGACAACAAUUCAACUUGCAGUUAAAAAAUCAUUAUUAUGGAGUUUGCAGAAGGUCUCAAAAAAGCAUCAGAACUUGGUCUCAGCAAAGAGGAGUUCAUGGUUAUUUGGAAUAAAGAAAUGGAUUUACGAAUAUUAAACCAUAGUGUUGAUAGCCACAAAAAUUGUUCCAAAGAGGAAUGUCUAGCUUCAGAAAUUCAGGACCUCAAGGUUGUUUCACAAGAGUUAAAGCUUGAGUUAGUUAACAUGAGGAAUGAAAUGUUCAAUCAAAACCAGGAUCUGUUAUCAGCCAUCAAGCAAAUAGUAAGUCAGCAACAAAACCAAGAGAUUGGAGCUCUUUUGAAAUCAGUACUUGAUAUCGCAAUGGAAGCUAAGACUCUCAGGACAUACAUGGAGGACUUGACAAAAAAAGUUAAUAAUUUGUCAGUGGAAUUGAAAAGUGAAAUAGCUGAAAUGAAGCAAAAGGUUGUAUCUCUUGGUGUACCUAAUUCCAGUACUAAUACUUCAGAUGCUUCUUCUACAGGCUCUCACUCAGACAUUGUUAGUAACUGGACAGAAGAGAAACGUCCUAAAGUAAAUGAAAACAACAAUCAUGUGACAGCAACAUCUACUUCAAAAGGUUUAAAGGUAAACAGAAAUGAACAACUCCCUGACUUUUCCUUAGAUACCAAGCAAUAUCCUUGGAAACUGACAAAGUCUUAUACAAAAUCCUAUCAAAACAAAACUUUCUUUAAUUACCCCAAGGUGAAGGAAACAGAACAAAAAGUAGAAACAAAUACCAAUGUUAUUGUUGCUGUUCCUCUAAAUAGGUCUACAUUUGAAGCACCACAAGCCACUUCACUGAUUUCUUUAGAAAAUAGUGCAUCAGGAUUGGCAGAAAUCAGCCAAACUGCUGAAAUUGUGACCUCAACGUUAGUUCCUAUUGACUACGGUGAUGGUGAAAGGAACCAAAUUGUGAACAAUAGUGAUAAUGAUGUACAUGCACCUAAAAAAGAUUUACAGAAUAAUGGUGCUGUAAAAAACUCCACUGUUCUUUCCACAAGCAAAGUGUUUGCAGAUCGUGGUGUACGUUUUACAAUACCAGAAACACAUGGAUUUUACAAAGCCAAAGAAGAGUUUUUUACUGACUAUUAUCCACUUAAAAAGGUACCAUGCAAAGUGCGAAUGAAGCUGAGACUUGACAAAGAUGAAAAGAUCUUAGUUUCGGCCUUGGUUUCCUUUUUAAACAACAGUGAAGCCAUCCUUCCUCUUAGCUUUGAGGGUAAUGGCUACAUUUCAGCCAAGUUAUCUGGUGGCAGAGGUCAUUCCAAAAUUUGGACUAUACACCACACACUCAAACAGAAACCAAAACAAGACACAGAAGUUUGUAUUGAUGCUCAGGUUUGUUUACAGACCAAUCGUAACACUUACACCAGAAUAACCUAUUCCAAACUAGUAGACAUGGGUUAUGACGAAGCACAGCGCCUUGAGUUUUUGUGGGAUUUAGUUUCCUAUCCUGUGCUACCUCACCAAAGUUCAUUGUUAAAGUAAUCAACCCGCAUCCCAUUGUUAAAUAAUUACAUACCUAUACAUCAGUACCAUCAAACUUUUUAUUGGGAUGGGAUAUGUUACUCAUGAAACAGGUUUUAUUUACUGUAUAUAUGGUUUGUUAAUAUGUGUUCCAUUAAUAAUCAUUAAUUAUUGGUUUUGUUUAAAAAUAUUGAUUAUGGUUUGUUAAAAUAUUUUGAAAUUUUACUUUACUGUGAAUUAAAUGUCUAAAGAAACAAUUUGUAGCAUAAAAUCACUUUUAAAAAAUAAAUUGCAUUCAAGUUAUUCAAUUAUUACUAAUUUAUUAUUUGGAAAAGGUUUUCAGUGAAAACAAAUAAAAAUUGGGAUUUAUGAUUGAUCUUGAUGAACUUUCAUUUCUCACUAUGUGACUCUGUGCUAUCAAAGAAAAACUAAAUUAUUUCUUGCAAAGUGACAAUUAGCAAAUAUAUAUAUAUAUAAAAACAACAACUUUUCCUGUAAAAUUUCUUCACAAUAAAGCCAUUGAUGAUGGAAUUGUUAAUGUUGAUAAUAACAUGAGCAUUGGAAACGUUGUUAGGCCUUUUUUUAAUGACAAAAAAUUUUAUUAAAAGGCUUUUUACUGCUUUAAAUUUUCUUUAAACUCAUUAAAAAGUGUGGAGGAUAUUUGGAUCUAUGGGCAUUGAGUUGGUGUCAUUUUUUGGCUCAAAUUAUUUUUAUUACUUUUUGGCUUGUCAACUAUUUUGUAAUUAUCAACAUAUUCUAAUUUAUUAAAUAUUGUCAUUUACUCAUGAAAAAAAACAUUUGAUAACAUUUAAAACAUUUUUUUUUUUACUAUUCAAAUGAGAAUAUAUUAUUUAAGCAGGAGUUUAUCUUUAGGGGGUAAUAUUUUGUUUUUAUUAUGAGUCUUGAUUAAAAAAUUUUGCUUUUUGCUUCUAAAAAAAUUAAUUUGAAUUAUGUUGAAGUUCUAAAAUUUUGUUAUUCUGUGGUACAAAUUUCAUUUUUAUUUACCACAUCGUAUUAAAUGAGUUUCAAAUUUAUUCCAGGUGUUGAAUGAAAUGAACAAAAUUAUAUUGAAAUAAAAAUGUUUGUGUUGCCA